AUGACAGUUGUUUACAUUGGUGAUCACUCAUGCACACCAAGAGCAGUAGAGAAAAAGCCUGAGCAAGAAGAAGUCAAAAGUAUUCUUCGAGAGAGACCUACAAUAACAACUGGACAAAUUCAAAUGGAAAAAGUGAGACAGGCGUUGCUAAGUGGUGAUGAUGCAGAGUCAUUGAUGGAUGUCGCCAUGACAUACAGCAACACAAGACACUUGCAUUAUCUCCAUAAUUCAGUGAACAAAGAAACAAGACCAGGCGGGUCAGACAUUGCGGCCAUAGGCCUUCUGAAAGAGGAUUUUCGAAAACGAGAUUUGGAUGAUAAUUUAAUAAUGGAAGUAGGAAAUGACUACGUGAUCCUGUCAAGUGAACAAAAAACUGGCAUUGCAGCACUUUUAACCCUUGGGAAAAUUGAAGAGCCAGUCAGCUUAGAUGGCUGUGAGAGUCACAACAAAGAUUACACAGAAAUUGAAAUGACUACGUACUAUCCAGUUUUGAGAAGGAAUGUAAAACUUGUGAGUAUGUUCGCACCCAAACCAGGUGGAAAUUCAGGAAACGUUGAGAAAAUGGUAUCAGCUUUUGAUGAAGCCGUAAACAAG